AUGUCUACACCCAUCAUUAGCGCGAAGAUUUCCUUCCGCUGCCUCUACACGCAUGACCUCCGCCGCAAGUCGAAACGAUGGCACGAUGGCCACCUUCGAUAUCACAAACACAACAAACGGGUGAUGGUAUAUGAUGAUCGGGGGAAUUUCAUUGGGGACCACCACUGGCGGUCUUCCGACGAGGUUCAAGAUGGCGACGAACUGGAAUUGGAGAACAAAGGUGUGCUCAUUGAAGUGUGUGAGAAUAUGGGGACGACAGAGACGGACAUCACGGCCCUGUACGACAAGAAGAGGUCCAGUCAGGGCUCUCCGCAGAACAGUCACCUGGGAUCCCAAGCUCCCCGCUCCUCCACUGCUACGUCAACGCCUCGUUAUGCCGGUUCAUCUCAGUCAUCACGCUCACUCAACGAUUUGCUCGGCAUCAAAAAGAACCCCGCGCAACCUUUCGCCUCACCAUAUGAACAAAGAAAUCCCACGCAACCUGCUCCGCAACCUACUCCGCAAGCUGUAGAGCAACGAGCGCCCAAAAGACAAAAGGUAGAUCAGCCAACGGAUGAAAACUCAAGGACCCAGAGCUCGGUCAUUGAUUUGACCGAGUCUGCUUUGAGAAAGAACUCGACCACGGGGAUCAAUCCUGUGACGAAGCGAGCCGCGAGAACUGCUGAAGCUCCGGCUAUUCCAACUUUGGCAAGCCACCAGCAACGGCCAGCCCCGUCCAAACCAGCACCUCUGAACAGAUCCGACCCCCCAAGACCCCUUGGGCGUUCUAUAUCCGCUUCUUCUGAGGUGAACUCCAGUCUGCCAUCACCACAAAAUUUGACCCGGCCUUCAACCAGGCCACUUCUGUCCUCAAGUCCCCUCAGCAGCGCUUCUACCCCCGCUGCACCUAUUCACACACGAAGACCGCCCGGAGUAUUGCCAAGUCCUAUCUCCGCAAUCACGGUAGACAAAGAGGUCACGGUGCCUCAGGAGGCUACGCGGGUAGAUGCGCAACCACAGAGUCGUGGAAAUCGGCCAAAGGAUCCACCGCCUAAUCCGACUAGGCCACAGAGGUCUAUACCUCCGCUUGCGAGGGGCUCUAUCCCGGUCACUCCAAAUGUCUCCGUCACUCAAUCCACCGCAGAGAAGGCGGUGCCGUCUGAAGGACCCCGGGCUGUACAGAUUCCAACCUCGAAUCAGCCAACUGUAGGCCAAAGGGGUGAGGCGCAAGGCACACGGCCGCCAACGCAACGCCCAAAGCGCCCUCCAGCUCCGAAGAUUUCGCCUCUCACCUCGAAUGCUCCUACACGGCCUCUUUCUGGGGAGUUACCCUCGGCAGCUUCCAACAGCGAACAACCUACAAAGGUUGCAGAUGUACCGGCGCCGAGAAACAUGGCACCUCCGUCGCGUCCAUUGCCGGGGAAAUCAUCCGAAAAUCCCCCGAGAAUCCUUCGAAUGGGCUCUGGGAAGCCUCGCAAAAAGCUCAUGUAUAGUGCUUUAUUGCCUGAUGCUUCGCGGACGCCCUCGCCAACAGCAUCCAACUCGCUGCCGGCUAGCGGGAAACAAAGACCUGCCCCAGAACCCAAGAAACCAGAAAAAGCCACUGACUCAGUAGAUUCAGCCAACUCCACACCCAAUGAUGAGUUCAUGCCCUCGAGCUCGACACAAUCCAUCUUUGACGAGAUACUUGAUGUUUCAGGGCCCAGACCUUCAAAUAGGGCUUUGAACGGAAGAAGAUCUACUGAUGCCCCGCUGCGCAAGUCGCUGUCAGACCCUAGCACUUUGCCUGGUGGCCGAAACCGAACCGCGACUUCAGUAAACACGAUUCCCAUCAUUGAAGAACGCAAGGAACAAGGUCCAUGGACAGUCGAGACCUUAGACUUAUUCGAUUUUUGGCCCCCUGGACGACCAAAGCCGAAUGAAGGGAACGAAGACACCCUUGAUGAUUCGCCAUGA